AUGAUGAAAGGUCCAAAGAAAAAUGAUCAGUCUGAUAGGUUAAAGUCUACAUUUAAAUAUAGAAUGUCUGCAUCUUUUUUUCACAAAAAUGGAUUUUACUAUUCACCACCUUUCUCUUUAAAUUACGAAACACUCUGGCAGCUUUAUCUGCAAUAUUUACUUGAAAAUUGUUAUCAUGCUACAUUUUUUAUUGAUACUGAUUUUGAAAGAUUAGGAAAGAAUAGAUGUGUUGUGUCUGGAAUUUCUAAAGAUAAAAAGGGAAUUGUAAAUUUUAUUAAAAAAUCAACCUUACCUUCAAAAGGUGAAAUAACCAUCGGAAUAAAAUUACAAUAUUUUAUGAGCCCAGAGGAAAAAAAAUAUUCUUCCAAAAGUAUAUCAAUAUCGUUACAAAAGCCUUCUAAUGAUUUGCUUGGAGUUUGGAUUGAUGAAUUGAAUAGACCAGAAACAUCAGAUGUUCAAUUCAAUGUAAAUGGAAAAGAGAUUUAUGCUCGUAGUUCAAUACUUGUUAAACAAUCUCAAUAUUUUAGAAAUAUGUUUGAAGGAAGUUUGGUAGAAGAUGAUCAUUCUUCUGGUGAUAACACCAAAACUGAUGAUAAUUCCGAUACAAUGACUAGUGCUGGCAAUCUUUUCACUGAGACUACAGAAAACAUUGCCAACAAAAUCAACUGUAACAACAAUACUACUGAAACCAUUGUCAACAAAAUCAACAAUGACAACAAUCAAGACGAAGAUAUCGUGAUGGAACAAAAUGAUAAGGAUGUAAAAGUAGAUAUGAAUGAUAUAAAUGAUAAAACACUUCUUGCUGUUCUUAAAUACUUUUAUACAGGAAGUAUUGAAUUCACAACAACAACAGAUAGCUCUAUUAUUGGUGAAAGACCAAUUGAUAUUUUUAUAGCAGCUGAUAGAUAUCUUUUGGAUGAUUUACGUGAAAAAUCUAGACAACGAAUCCUUCAAGACUUAAAAAUUGAAAAUGUGUCUGAAUUGUUGUUUGAUGUAUUAUGGAGAUGGCCUAGUCUAAGGAUUGAUGCCGUAAAAUACUUUGCAGAGAAUUUUUACAAGGUAAGAAAAACUGAUGGUUACCAUAGAACAAGAACCGAUCCAAAGUAUUCUCAUGUUGAUAAUAAUUUAUGGCAAGAAAUUAUUGAUCAAUUGUUACCUAAAGAUGCUCGUGUAUUAUUUGGUGGCGAAGAAAAGAUGAGACCUCCUUCAUUCCUAAAUACUGAUUCAGUUGAAUAA